AUGGUGAACAUCACUGAGAAGAUCAAGGAGAUUGAGGAUGAGAUGCGUCGGACGCAGAAAAACAAGGCAACAGCUCAGCUCCUGGAGCCAGUUGGCGGGGCUGGCUCUGGUGGUGGCGCGGGAUUUGAUGUCAGCAAGAGUGGAGAUGCACGAGUCGCUCUUGUCGGCUUUCCAUCCGUCGGAAAAUCUACUUUCUUGUCCAAGAUCACUAAGACCAAGAGUGAGGCGGCUGCCUACUCUUUCACCACCCUGACAGCUAUUCCCGGUGUACUGGAAUACGGUGGUGCUGAGAUUCAAAUUCUUGAUUUGCCGGGUAUUAUCGAAGGCGCCUCUGAGGGUAAGGGACGUGGUCGCCAAGUUAUCUCAGCUGCGAAGACAAGUGACUUGAUUUUGAUGAUUCUGGAUGCCACAAAGCGUGCUGAGCAGCGAGCUCUGCUCGAGGCAGAACUUGAUGCUGUGGGCAUUCGUCUCAACAAGGAACCGCCCAAUAUUUAUCUCAAAAUUAAGAAGGCCGGUGGCAUGAAGAUCUCCUUCGCAACACCUCCAAAGAGUUUGGAUGAAAAGAUGGUUUACAACGUGCUUCGUGAUUACAAGAUUCUCAACUGUGAAGUGCUGGUAAGAGAUGAGAAUGCCACCAUCGAUGACUUUAUCGAUGUUAUUAUGAAGGACCACCGCAAGUAUAUUCGCUGCCUAUACGUCUACAACAAGGUUGAUAGUAUCGGCCUCGAGUUCCUUGAUGCCCUCGCCCGUGAACCUUACACAGCAGUCAUGAGUUGUGAGCUUGACCUUGGCGUGCAAGACGUCGUUGAACGCAUCUGGAAGGAAUUGAGACUCAUGCGAAUUUACACGAAACGAAAGGGAGAAGAGCCCAAAUUCGACGAGGCAUUGAUUGUGCGCAGGGACUCCAGCAUCGAGGAUGUUUGUGAUCAGAUUCACCGCACAAUCAAGGACACCUUCAAGUAUGCAAUGGUGUGGGGAGCGAGCGCGAGACAUAUACCCCAGCGGGUGGGCCUGUCACACAUGGUUGCGGACGAGGAUGUGAUCUCCAUAGUUACUAGAGACAAGGCUUAA